CUGGACCUCUACGGUUGCCAUAGCCAAACGUCACUUUGGAGCGAAAGAUUUCAAACGGCUCCUUUGAGGAAGACAUGAGGGCCGAAAUGUUGUCGUUUCUCUCAUAACAGGGUACAAUUUAGCCAGCUGUUUUUAAAUAGAGCGGUUUGUGGACUGUUCACAGUCCCUGGUCUAAAGAUGGAAGGCUUGGAGAUGUCCGCUAUGAUACCUGCACUGCAGGAGCUAGCGAGUGCCACAGCAGAGGAAUACAACAAGGUGGUUCAGAAGCCUCGUCAGAUUCUCUGUCAGUUCAUUGACCGAAUACUGACAGACGUAGAUGUCGUUGCGUUGGAGCUGUCUAAGAGGUCCAGUUCAGAGCCAGCGUGUGUGAUGCUGUUGGACUUUGUUCAGCAUAUUAUAAAGUCUUCCUCUCUGAUGUUUGUCAACCCUGCCUGUCAGCUGGCCCACUUCACAGACACACAGCAGAGCAGCACCGAGUUCAGUAGGUGGGUUGUCGGCAGGUUGCUGCGGGUCGCCGCAUCUCCAAGCUGUGACGUCAUCCAUGGACGUGUCUCGGCCGUGCUCUGCUCCCUACUGCACGCACUCAGACCGCGAGCACCAAUCACCUUCAACGUCAUCGCCAAAGAGAUGCUUGGAUUGGCCCAGGACCUCAGCAAUCUGCUCUACACACACACACACUCACACACCCCAGGAACACAUACACACUCUACAAACACACACACCUUGUGGCCGGUAACCCUGCAGUCUUUCUCUGUCUCUCUCACCCCUUAUCUCACCCCCUCACCACUCCUCCUCCCCUCGCCUGCCGCCUUGGAAACCUUGGUUGCAGUGACAGUGAACGUUCUGACCGAUGCCCUCAGGGGAUUGGCCAACCGCAGGGAGAUGGGGGUGGCUUGGGAGGCGGGAUGUUUGGUCUUGGCCUAUGGGAGUGCUCGGUUAAGGAAGGUUGCUAUGGUGAUGCUGAGGCGGUUGGCAGAGAUUGGUGGGUUCCCGGAGAGGCGGAGUCAGGAGUUUUUUACAGCGUACCUGAUGCUGCUGGACACACACACACCUGAGCCAGAGACAUAUGGGGGAGAGCUGCUGAAGCUGACCCAGUGUGUGUUUGGAUCUGCUCACACACACACACGUUUUGAGCGUACCCACCUGGCCCAGCUGUUGGAACGUGUGUGUGUUCUGGCAGGGGCGGGCUUAGUUCUGGAAUUAGAGAUCAGCCAAUCUCUGAGCUUUGUCUUUAACUUCCUGUUGUCCGUUCCAUCGGGAUACGAGAGCGCCUCGUCGCUACGGAGACAGAGAGUCACUGAUGUCUGCAGAAACCUCACACACUCCAUCGGGAUGGAGAAACAGUCUGAGUGUGUGCAUGGGUUUCUUUACACUGCCCUGAAGGCUGAGGUUGCCGUGGUGAUGCAAGAGAGGGAGGAUGGAGAAACAGCUGCUAAGCGACCCUGUCUACCUAUCACCCCCCUGGCCAGCAAGACCCCCGAAACCCCCCCGAUGGAGGUGGACAUGCGUGUGCGUAGUGAGGUGUGGGCGGCAGUGAGCAGCAGGCUGGAUGACCUUCUGGCUUCUCUGGUGAACUGUGACCUUGACCCGACGACCCCUGAGCCUGAUGCGGACACUCAGAUGACCCUGAGAGCUCUGGAGGGACUCGCUCUCAUCCUGCACCUGGCUGGCCUCUGUUACACACACACCAGUUCCUCCUCUCUGCUGUGGCUGUCUGCCUCCACUCUGGGCAGGGCUUUGGAAACCUGUCAAUCACUACUGGGUGGGGCUAAGUCUACCGCUGACCACGCCCAUAUACAGUCUGCCAUCCAGGUGGCUGUCAGAAUACUGGACUCCAUCAUCUACCUGACAAUGAGUAGCCCGGCUGAGGACAGUGGUCUCCAGAAUAGUGUGUGCGCGUUGCUGUCCGUGCCAUGGGUGUGUGAGCUAUCCCCCCAGGUCCAGGCGGAGUGUGUGUUGCUGCUGUCUCUGCUGCGUGAGGAUGUGUGUGUGUCGUGGCGUGUGUCUGUGUGUUCCCAGGCACUGGAGAGUCCACAUGAGGUGGUCAGGGCCAGCGCUGUCAGGAGCUUUCCUCUACUACUGCACCAUGUGGGACACACACACCACAACUUGACACACACCACCUUAAUGAGUGUCCUGGAGGACAGCUCAGAGCAGGUGAGGGCGGAGCUAGCUGGUAUUUCUGGUCAGCUGACCUGCGUCCUAUCGGGGAGCUCCAAAUUAAAUGUCAAUCACAAGGAGCCCCUCCCACUACCCAUGAUCCUUUGCUCCCGCCUCGGCCUUGCAGCUGAGCAUGCUGGGAAGGGCACUCCCAUUGGAGCAUCCGUCAUCAAGCCCGUCCUACCUCUGCUACGACCGAGUAGCAGCAGUGUUGCCAAAAGAGCGUUCCUAGAUGCUCUGCCACACCUCUGCCAGCAUGUCAACCUUGGAGGCGGAGACAGUGACUCUCUGGCCAUUCUGAGAGAUCUGAUUGGCCUAAUAGAAGACCCAGACCCGUCAGUCAGAACACUCUUCAGCCAAUCAGUUCGCUUCCUGCUGGCGGAGCCCACCUCCGAACCCGACAAGGAUCCAGUCAAGGAGCUGCUGGUGUCUCGUGUGAAGGAGGCGUUCAGUAAGGCUAAACUCAACAGAGACGACGAGCUACGCAGCACGCUCAUACUGACCACUGGAGAGAUUGGCAGGGCUGCUAAGGGUAGCUUGGUGUCGUUCUCUCUCCUGAGGUUACUGCACUGUCUCCUGUCCAAGUCCUCUCCUGUCUCUGUGUCAGCCUACACACAGAUCUCUGCCCUGGCCACAGCUAGAGGACUCAAACUACAGACACUGUUCAGUCAGUACAAGAACCCUGUCUGCCAGUUCCUGGUAGAAUCUCUCCACUCGCGUCACGUCGGCUCCCUGCGGAGCACGCCAGAGCAAGGUAGCCAGCUAGCCAAUCAGAGAGAAGUAGCUCUGGACAUCCUGUCUCAGGUCGCCCACGCCUUUGACUUCCCUGACCUGCAGCGCUUCCUCACGAGGACUCUCCAGGUGCUCCUCCCCUAUCUGGCCGCGAAGGCCAGUGCCACAGGCUCUGCCCUCAUCAGGACGCUGGCCAAUGAGAUGAAAGCAAACCGGCGCGAGAUCCUGAUCAACAACUUCAAGUACAUCUUCAGCCACCUGGUGUGUUCCUGCACUAAGGAGGAGCUGGAGAGAGCCUUCCACUACCUCCAGAGAGAGACGGAGAUAGAGCUGGGCUCUCUGCUGAGGCAGGACUUCCAGGGCCUGCACAACGAGCUGCUGCUACGCCUGGGAGAACACUACCAACAAGUGUUUAAUGGUCUGGCCAUCCUGGCCUCAUUUGCCUCCAAUGAUGACCCGUACCAGGGACCACGUGACAUCACCACCCCGGAACACAUGGCUGAUUACCUCCAGCCCAAGCUGCUGGGCAUCCUGGCCUUCUUCAACAUGCAGCUGCUGAGCUCCAGUGCUGGGGAGAAGGACGGUAAGAAGAUGGCCCUGACCAGCCUGAUGGCCCUGAUGAAGAUGAUGGGCUCCAAACACACCAGCUCAGUCCGAGUCAAGAUGAUGACCACACUACGGACCGGACUACGAUACAGACAAGACUUCCCUCUGCUCUGCUGCCAGACGUGGGAGUGUUUUGUGCGUACGGUAGAGCCCGCCCACCUGGGGCCGUUGCUCAGUCAUGUGAUCGUGGCGCUUCUUCCGCUGAUACCACUCCAGCCCAGAGAGACUGCUGCUAUAAUACACUACCUCAUACUGGACAACAGGGAAGAGGUGCAGGACUAUCUCCAUGAAAUCUACUUCCUGCCAGACCACCCUGAACUCAAAGACAUACACACUGUCCUGCAGGACUACAAGAAGUUGACGUCCAGGACCAGUGACCUGGCUGCAGGCCUGCAGCUCUCCAUGAGGGCUGUCCAACACGAGAACCUGGACGUCAGAGUUCACGCUCUGACCAGCCUCAAGGACAUGAUGCACAGCAACCAGGAGUGGUUGCUGCGACAGGUGUGUGCGUCGGAGGCGGUAGAGCCAGUCAUCUCCUCAUUAGUCUCAGUGUUACUGCGAGGUUGUCAGGACUCUUCCCCGACGGCCAGGCUGCUGUGUGGGGAGUGUCUGGGGGAACUGGGGGCCGUGGACCCUGGACGGCUGGACUUCUCGCGCACACACACACACGGCAGCAGCAACACCUUCGUGAGUGGGGUGGAGGAGAGUAACUUUGCCUAUGAACUACUGACGGAACUGACCAGGACUUUCUUGGCGUAUGCUGAUGAUGUCAGAGCACAGGACUCGGCAGCCUAUGCAAUGCAGGAGCUGCUGUCUAUAUUUGAGUGUCGUGAGGGCCGUAGUGACUCCCCUGGUCGACGGCUGUGGAGGAGAUUCCCUGAACAAGUCCAAGAGAUACUGGAGCCUCACCUCAACAGCAGGUAUAAGAGCAGUCAAAAGGUGGUGAACUGGUCCAAGGUGAAGAAGCCUGUCUACCUCAGCAGCCGAGGAACCAAGUUCUCUGAUUGGUCAGCUACCUGGGCCGGAUACCUCAUCAGCAAGGUGAGACAUGAGUUGGCCAGCAAGGUAUUCACCUGUUGCAGUUUCAUCAUCAAACACGACUACAAAGUUACCAUCUACCUGCUGCCCCAUAUACUGCUUUACAUGCUGAUGGGCUGCACUGCUGUUGAACAAGGAGAGGUAACAGAGGAAAUGCUGGCUGUGCUCACAGAGGGUGAUGGGCGUGGCGGGCGUGUCCAGGAGGCCUCAUCUAGCCUUUCACAGCUCCGUACUCAGAACCAGGAAGCAACGUCCAGCCUAUCACAGCUGAGCACCCAGACGGUGUUCAGUAUGCUGGCUCACCUCACCCAGUGGAGCCGACACACACUGUCGGCUAGAAUCAAACACAGCGAAAGUGGUGACUACCAGCGGGUGGUAGCGUUUCUAAAAGGCAUCCCUCAGGACGUGUUAGCCAAGGCCUCUCUACGGUCUAAAGCCUACACCAGAGCCCUGAUGCACUUCGAGGCUUACAUACUGGAGAACAAAGAGGACAUCCAAGAUCAUCUGAGCUUCCUACAGACGCUGUACGCGGCCAUGCACGAACCGGACGGUGUGAGGGGUGCGAACGCUCUCCGGCGGGAAGAGCCGUCCCUACGGGAACAGAUUCUAGAACACGAGAGCAUCGGGUUGCUAAGAGACGCUACGGCCUGCUACGACCGGGCCAUACAGCUGGAGUCCGACCAGAUAGGACACUACCAUGGGGUGAUGAGUUCUAUGCUGGGGCUGGGACAGCUCUCUACUGUCGUCACACAGGUCAAUGGAGUCCUGGCCAACAGGCCCCAGUGGAAGUCUGAUCUGAACACCUACAGGGUGGAAGCUGCCUGGAAGCUCAGCAAGUGGGACCUACUGGAGGACUACCUGGGCUCUGAUCGUAAGUCCAGCACGUGGGGUGUGAGGCUGGGUCAGAUGCUGCUAGCGGCUAAGCGGCGCGACACGGAGACGUUCUACGACAAACUGAAGCUGGUCAGGACAGAGCAGGUGGUGCCUCUAGCUGCUGCUAGCUAUGAGACUGGGACCUACCAGAGAGGAUACGAAUACAUUGUCAGGCUCCACAUGCUGAGUGAGUUGGAGCAUGCCUUCACUGACCUCCAGAGACAGAGAGAAGGCCAUGCCCCUAGCACAGCCACGCUGCCCUCCCAUUGGCCAGAUCGGCUGGAGAUGACCCAGAAUUCUUUCCGUGCCAAAGAGCCAAUCCUGGCCCUGCGGCGAGCCCUGCUGAGCAUCGGCUCAGGUGUGUGUGAGGGGCUGGUCGGAGAGUGCUGGUUGCAGAGUGCCCGGGUGGCCAGGAAGGCAGGACAUCACCAGACAGCCUUCAACGCUCUGCUGAACGGACAGAACACACACACUGCCGAACUACUGACAGAGAAGGCCAAGUGGCUAUGGUCCAAGGGAGAUGUCCACCAGGCGUUGAUAGUUCUCCAGAAGGGAGUGACUCAGUGUUUCCCAGUCGACCAGCCUCUCUCAGACAAGAGGAGUCUACAGACCAAAGGUAAAGCCAUGCUUCUGGUGGGACGCUUCAUGGAGGAGACAGCCAACUUUGAGUCCAACGCCAUCAUGAAGGCCUACAAGGAUGUGACCACCCUGCUACCAGAGUGGGAGGAUGGUAACUUCUACCUGGCUAAAUACUAUGACAAGUUGAUGCCCAUGGUGACAGACAACAAGCUGGAGAAACAGGGCAACCUCAUACGAUACAUCGUCACCUACUUUGGAAAAGCUCUGCAGUUUGGGAACCAGUACAUCUAUCAGGCCAUGCCUCGGAUGCUGUCUCUCUGGCUGGACUUCGGGGCCAAAGUCUACGAGUAUGAGAAUGAGAAAGCGGGUCGAGCGGAGCGGCAGAUACGCGUGGAGCUGGGGAAGAUCAACCAGGUGGUCAGCGACCACUGUACCAGGCUGGCUCCAUACCAGUUCCUCACUGCCUUCUCCCAGCUCAUCUCCAGGGUGUGUCACAGCAGUGAGGACGUCUUCAACGUCCUCAUGGACAUCGCUGCCAAGGUGCUGCUGGCCUACCCUCAGCAGGCCAUGUGGUUGAUGACCGCAGUGUCCAAGUCGUCCUACCCUACCCGUAUGAACCGCUGUAAGGAGGUCCUGCGGAAGGCUGUCAGUCUGAAGGAGAGUCUGGGGAAGUUCAUAGGAGAUGCCAACAGACUGACUGACAAACUACUGGAGCUCUGCAACAAGCCGGUGGAUGGUAACAGUAGUACUCUCAGUAUGGGGGUCCAUUUCAAGCAGUUGAAGCGCCUAGUGGAGGAGCCAUCGUUCAGCCAGAUCCUGAUCCCUCUGCAGUCUGUCCUCAUCCCCACACUGCCCUCUACUGGCCCUGCAAACACACUGCACCACGACGCAUUCCCCGGACACUGGGCCUACCUCGACGGCUUUGAAGAUACUGUGGAGAUCCUAGCCUCCCUCCAGAAGCCCAAGAAGAUCGGCCUGAAGGGAAGUGAUGGGAGGAGCUACACUGUGAUGUGUAAACCUAAAGAUGACCUCCGGAAAGACUGUCGUCUCAUGGAGUUCAACUGCCUCAUCAACAAGUGCCUGCGUAAGGAUGCAGAGUCCAGGAGGAGGGAGCUCCAUAUCCGUACAUAUGCUGUGAUCCCACUGAAUGAGGAGUGUGGCAUCAUCGAGUGGGUCAACAACACUGGAGGUCUCCGACACAUUCUGAACAAACUCUACAAGGAGAGAGGUAUCCUGAUGUCAGGUAAAGAGUUGAAGAAGUUUAUUCUUCCUAAGACUGCACCGUUUGAGGAGAAACUGAAAAUCCAUAAGGACAUCCUGUGUGCCAGACACCCCCCUGUCUUCUAUGAAUGGUUCCUCCGAACCUUCCCUGACCCCACCACAUGGUACAGCAGCAGGUCAGCCUACUGUCGCUCCACAGCGGUGAUGUCCGUGGUGGGCUACAUCCUGGGUCUUGGAGACCGCCAUGGAGAGAACAUCCUGUUUGACUCAUUCACCGGGGAGUGUGUUCACGUCGACUUCAACUGCCUCUUCAACAAGGGUGAGACGUUUGAUGUUCCGGAGGUGGUUCCGUUCAGACUGACCCAGAACAUGGUCCAUGCAAUGGGCCCCAUGGGGACAGAGGGGCUGUUCAGAACCGCCUGUGAAGUCACGCUACGUCUGAUGAGAGACCAGAGAGAACCACUUAUGAGUGUACUGAAGACGUUCCUCCAUGACCCUCUGGUAGAGUGGAGUAAACCUAAAGGACUGUCCAAGACACAGGCCAGUGAGACUGGCGAGAUAGUCAACGAGAAGGCCAAGACCCAUGUGUGUGAGAUUGAUCAGCGUUUGCAGGGUGUGAUAAAGAGUCGUAACAAGGUGUUGGGUCUGCCUCUGUCUAUAGAGGGACACGUCCACUACCUGAUACAGGAGGCUACCGACGACAAACUACUGUGUCAGAUGUACCUGGGCUGGGGACCUUACCUGUGAUGCACACGGCUUCUGUUGACAAAUUCAAUACUUUUCUUGUUCUGUUAUCCAUUAAGUGAUUUUCCUUUUUCAUGUUUUUGUAAGUCUGGAGUAAUUAUGUUUUUCAUGGGGAAGUUGCAUAUUUCCCAUAAUAAAUUUAAAAAAUAGUA